GUGCCCCGGGCCAUGAUCGCCGUCUCCAUCGUCGCGGAGCCCCCGGCUGCGCGCAGCCCCGACCGGGCGCACACGCUGUUCCAGGUGGAGGUGCUGUGUAAUGGCCGGCGGCACACAGUGACCAAGCGCUACAGUGAGUUCCAGGCACUGCACAAGCGGAUCAAGAAGAUCUGCAAGGUCCCCGACUUUCCCCCACGCCAUGUUCCCAACUGGAUGCCCAAAGUGCUGGAGCAGCGCCGGCAGGGCCUGGAGGUCUACCUGCAGGGUGUGCUGUGCCACAACAAGGAGCUGCCUCAGGACGUCCUGGACUUCCUGAAGGUGCGGCAGUGCCAGCAGAACCCCAAGGCCAGCAGCCCUCCCAGCACCAGAUUCCUGCCCUCCCAGCGCCCCAUUGUCAGCUUCUGCUCGGAUCCCUACGUGCGGCCACACGGCACUGACUUGCUCCCUAACACCGUCCUCAGAGGGGUCCUGCAGGGCCUCUACCUCCCCCUGAGCUGCGUCCCCAGCAGGAAGCACCCUGAGCCUCUGGAAUGACGAGUUCCCAGACACCCACCCAGCACCCAGGGAUGCAGUGGUGAGGAAAAGAUCCUUGUGGUGAAACAAACUCCUUUCUGCUGAGCUGGAACAGGGAAAGGGUGAGAUGACCCAAGGGCACAGGGGGAGAAGGCAAAGGGAAGUUGGGAACUGCUCUCCCACCACCACGCAAAGUGCCUUUUGUUGGCAGAGCAGGAGUUCUGCCUUUCUCCCCUGCUGUUUUGGGCUUGCAGUACAAGCCUCUGGAUGCUGAAUGGUGCUGGAAAUCCUCUCUGCAUCCAGGCUUUGGUGCAAUAAAUCUCCUCAAUUUG